CAUGCUUCCAUUUUUGUGGAACAGCUUGGGGACGACCGGUUCCAUCAGUGCACAAAGCAACAUCCAUAAAGACCUGGAUGAGUGAGUUUGGUGUGAAAGAACUUCACUGGCCUCCACAAAGUCCUGACCUCAACCCGAAAGAACAGCUUUGGUAUGAAUUAGAGUGGAGACUGUGAUCCAGGUCUUCUCGUCCAACAUCAGUGUCUGACCUCACAAAUGACACUCCUAAACUUUGUGGAAAGCCUUUUUCAGAAGAGCCGAAGUGGAGUUAAAUUUUCUUUUUUUUGUCUUUUAAUUCAUAUCUGAUGCAGGUUACAAGACACCAUGAUGAAACUUCAUUUUCAGACCCUGGAUUAACUACAUAAUUGAUUGGAUGUUAUAAUAAAAAUGAAUUUCAUAGUUUAUUUUAGCCAUUGAUAUGAAUAUAUUGAUUAAAAUUUUAGAUUUUAUCACAAGCAUCACUCUCAUGGUGUCAAACACUAAAUCGAGACUGAACCGAGACUGAACCGAAUACUAAGAAAUCGAGUCAGGAAGUAUAUAAAAUCUUGUAUCAUAUUAAGACUUUGCCAGAAAUCCAACAUUUAUGAGGAGUUUUUUUCUUUUACUUUGCACAUCACUGAUUUAUUUGUUGUGAUUGUCAAUUCAGAAAAGAGUCGGUACGUUUUAAACGACUCUUUACAAGAACGGGUGCUAAUGACUUUUAGAGAUGGGUUAAAACAAGGUUUAUGAGGUGUGUAAUGUUUAGAAAAUGGUGUUAUAUGGAUUAGAUUAUUUCUAUACACAUUUGUGCAGCCAGGUGAAUAAACAAACGGGGGAGUCAGAUUAAAUGAAAAGGUGUCGAUUCAGUAAAGUGACUCGUAAAUCUUAAUUACUCCCGACUGCCUAGGAUAGGUGGGUUCGUGUGUGUGUGUGUGUGUGUGUGUGUGUGUGUGUGUGUGUGUGUGUGUGUGUGUGUGUGUGUGUGUGUGUGUGUGAGAGAGAGAGAGAGAGAGAGAGAGAGAGAGUAGUCAGUCUCAGGCUAGGUCUCCUGCAGUUCUGAGUAUUCUCCGCAGUUUGCUCCCAGCAUGGAGCCUUCUUCUCCUUUCUCCUAGACGUGGGAUUUCUGGUGUUUCCUCGUCGCUCAUGUGCACCAAUAACUCUCUCAGAGCUUCAUGUGGAUGUGUUCUUGGGUCUCAGAGAAUGGAUCUUACUCUCACCCUUCUCCUGAUGCUGGUAAUUAGCGGAAUUUACGCAACAUCGCGUGGAUCAGAUCUUCUGCCUUACAUGCCGAACGUGUGUACAGAGCGCCAGGUGAAACUGGUGACUCACAUGCAGCCCUGUGUGCAGGCUUUCACACGAAUGGUCAAAGUGUGGAAGCAAGGAUGUGAAGGCCAGCUGUGGUGUACGGGCUACGAGCGAAGGACUGCGUAUUACACUGCAUACAGACAAGUGUAUCGGCAGAAUUAUGAGCCGGUGUAUAAAUGCUGCCCGGGAUGGUCUCAGCUCAACGGGGAUGCUGGAUGUCUUUACCCUGUCUGCAGCUAUGGAGUGUGUUUUAAUGGAGGUCGGUGCAGAGAAGGCUCCUCGCAGCUCUGUGAGUGCCCGGCUGGAUUCCACGGCCCGAGCUGUCAGUACGACGUAAACGAGUGCGAGGAGACGAACGGAGGCUGCGAGGCUCUGUGCUGUAACACUAUCGGCAGCUUCUACUGCAAAUGUCCUCCAGGUCAAGAACUCAAGGAGGAUGGAAGGACCUGCCAAGAUGUGGACGAGUGCUUGGUGCAUAACGGAGGAUGUCAGCACAAGUGUGUAAACACCAGGAGCUCCUUCCACUGCCAGUGUGACCCUGGGUUUCGUCUGCAUGUAGACAGACGUACCUGCAUAGCCGUCAGCUUGUGUGGUGUCGGUAAUGGAGGGUGCGAACACUUUUGCAUCCAGCAGUCAGCGCUUCAGAAACAGUGCCGUUGUCGACCCGACUACAGACUGGCCGAGGACGGGAAACACUGCAUCUUGGAGAACCAGUGUUUGUUGAGGAACGGUGGAUGUUCUCAGGAGUGCCACAGCGAUGGUGGAAACACCUACUGCGACUGUCGGCCCGGUUUUAACCUGACGGAUGAUGGCAAGACCUGCGAAGACGUAGAUGAAUGCCAGGCGCCUCAGGUGCAGUGUACACAUGGAUGCCGUAACACCCGAGGUUUCGUUUGCAUGUGUAACGCUGGAUACGAGCUGGGAGCAGACGGCACUCAAUGCUACCGCAUUGAGAUGGAGAUUAUAAACAGCUGCGAGACUAAUAACGGCGGUUGUUCACAUCACUGCGAGCACAACUCUAACGGCCCCGCGUGCAGCUGUAACCAAGGCUACCGUCUCCAUGACGACCUCAAGACGUGCAUUGACGUAGAUGAGUGUGUGGACGGAAGCUCUUGUUGCGAGCAGGACUGCAUGAACUACCCAGGAGGCUACGAGUGCUACUGCAGCGCAGGGUACCGCCUCCACUCAGACGGCUGCGGCUGCGACGAUAUAGACGAGUGUCUGGCUGAGAACGGUGGCUGUGAGCACAAGUGUCAGAACACCGGCGGCUCGUUCAGGUGUUCCUGCUCACCAGGGUUUGGCCUGAAACCAGACCUCCGCUCCUGUACCUUGCUGGACAGAACAGUUCCCCACACCGGUCAGGUGCAGGAGCUCGGGCUGUUGAAUCAGCUCAAUGAUUACACACUGUUGGAGCAGUAUGAUGACUACGAGGAGGACGAUGGAGAUCUUCGCGCCGAGAGCACACUGCUCGAGAAAUUCGUGUGUCUGAAUGACACGUUCGGCUUCGACUGCAGUGUGUCCUGUGAGGACUGUAUAAACGGAGGCGUGUGCAACACACACCGAACUGGCUGCGAAUGUCCGGAUGGAUGGACAGGAAUCAUCUGCAACCAGACCUGUUCUGAAGGCUGGUACGGCAGUAACUGCUCAUCCCCGUGUAAGUGUCAGAACGGCGGUGUGUGUGAUCCGGUGUCUGGAAGCUGCCGCUGUCCUCCAGGCGUCAGUGGAGAAUACUGUCAGGACGGUUGUGCUAAAGGUCUGUACGGAAAGCAGUGCAAUAAGAAAUGUAACUGUGCCCAUAAUGGACGCUGCCAUCGCACGUACGGAGCGUGUCUGUGUGACCCGGGACUGUACGGCCGCUUCUGCCACCUACCAUGUCCUAAAUGGGUGUUUGGACCCGGCUGCUCUGAGGAGUGUAAGUGUGUCCAGGAAAAUACUUUUGAGUGCCAUCGGAGACACGGCACCUGCUCCUGCAAGCCUGGAUACCGAGGAGACAAGUGUGAGAAAGAGUGUGAUGCAGGCUCCUAUGGUCAAGGCUGUGUGCAGAAGUGUUCUUGCCCCUCUGGGGUGGCAUGUGACCCUGUAACGGGGGUUUGUCAGCGUCUGUGCCCAGCUGGUAAAACAGGAGAAAACUGUGACGAAGAUUGUGCAGAUGGGAAUUUUGGGAUUGGCUGCUCUGGGUCAUGUGACUGUUCAGGAGCCCCGUGUGAGAAAGUGAGCGGCCGGUGCAGAUGUCCUGCAGGGACGAGGGGCAGCCGCUGCCAGGAAGAGUGUGCUGUAGGUCAGUGGGGUUUGGACUGUAAGGAGACAUGUCCAGUGUGUGAAAAUGGAGGCGUGUGUAAUAAACACAGCGGCUCGUGUCUUUGUCCACCCGGAUACAUAGGCAGACUCUGUCAAAACUCUUGUCCUGCUGGUCGUUUUGGUCAGAGCUGCCAGUUGAAGUGUGUGUGUGAGAACAGUGGGCGAUGCCACCCGGUGUCUGGCCGCUGCUUCUGCACACCAGGCUGGACUGGACACAACUGCAGGAAAGCCUGUGACUUUGGACGUUGGGGAGCAGACUGUGGCAACGUGUGUGACUGCAGGAACAGUGAUGGAAGCUGUGAUGCAGUAACGGGACAAUGCAACUGUGUAGCAGGUUUUACAGGAGCACACUGUGAGCUUAAAUGCCCUGCUGGGUUUUUCGGCCUGGGCUGCCAUCAGCGCUGCCAGUGUGACAACGAGGCAUCAUGUGACCAUGUCAGUGGGGCGUGUACCUGUACUGUGGGCUGGACAGGAACCUUCUGUGAAAAACCCUGUCCUCAGGGUUAUUACGGAUCAGAUUGUCGGCACAGGUGUGUGUGUGAGAAUGGAGGACACUGUGAUCACGUCAGUGGGAAGUGUUUGUGUCCUGCAGGAUGGAUCGGGCCGCAGUGUAACCAGACGUGUCCACUUGGUUUUUACGGUGAGGGUUGUUCUCAGACCUGUGCUUGUGAGAACACUGAGAGAUGCCACGCCGCCACGGGACAGUGUGUGUGUACGGCUGGAUGGAUGGGACUGAACUGCUCACAGAAAUGCCUGGUGGGUUUGUUCGGGUUGGGCUGCAGUCAGAGGUGCAUGUGCGAGAAUGGAGGGACGUGUGAUCACGUGGAUGGACGCUGUACCUGUCCGAGUGGGUGGACGGGACCAGCGUGUGAGCGCGAGUGUAUCCCGGGACGCUUUGGGCCGGACUGUCAGCAGGAGUGUGAGUGUGAGAAUGGAGGGCUGUGUGACGGGCGGACUGGACAGUGUGUGUGUGGACCAGGCUGGAUCGGACAGCGCUGUGAGAAAGCAUGCACAGCAGGACGCUUUGGUGUGGGCUGUACGAAUCACUGCGAGUGUGAACACGGAGCAUCUUGUCAUCAUGUCACUGGUAGAUGUUUGUGUCCAGCAGGCUGGCGAGGAGCUCAGUGUGAUAAAGCCUGCCUUCCUGGAACCUUCGGUACUGACUGCUCCCACGUGUGCACGUGUUCACAAGGUACUUCCUGCCACCACGUCAGCGGAGAGUGUGGCUGCUCACCGGGUUACACAGGAAACGGCUGUGAGCAGACUUGCCUGCCCGGUACCUUCGGCCUCAACUGUAAUCAGGUGUGUCAGUGCUCGGAGAGGAACCAGCUCUGCCACCCGGUGUCAGGAGUCUGCUACUGUGCCCCAGGGUACACCGGGCCCCUGUGUGAUCAGGAGUGCGCUAGCGGGCGCUACGGUCCAGACUGCGAGCGAGAGUGUCGGUGUGUGAACGGCGGGUGUGAGGCCACCACAGGCGCAUGCAGAUGUCCUCCUGGAUUUGUUGGAGCUCAGUGCAACAUCACGUGUCCCCCCGGGCGUUACGGGCAGGACUGUGCCCAUGUUGCCUUCUGCAGAGACGGGGUGAGGAACGACCCAGUUACAGGGAGGUGGUGCGCUCCUGGGCGCCGAGGAGAUGAUUGUGGACAAGAGUGUGCUGCAGGCUGGUAUGGUGUAGACUGCUCUCAGCGCUGUAACUGCAGUAAUGGAGGUGUGUGUGACGGCGUCUCUGGGAACUGUACGUGUGGUCUGGGCUUCACUGGGCUGCACUGUGAGAAAGAAUGCCCUGAGGGAUGGUACGGUCCGAACUGUGUGCUGGAAUGUGUGUGUCAGCACAACAACACAUGUGAUGGGGUGACAGGAACCUGCCGGUGUGGACCAGGGUACUACGGGCACAUGUGUGAGCAUGUUUGUCCAGUGGGUCUGUAUGGACAUCGGUGUCAGCAGCACUGUGAGUGUAUGAACGGAGCUCUGUGUCGUCCCAGUGAUGGACGCUGUAUCUGCUCUGCUGGUUACUGGGGGUCACAGUGCCAGAAAGCGUGUGAGCGGAACACAUACGGGCCGAAUUGCUCCAAGUCAUGUGACUGUGCAGACGGUACACGGUGUGACCCAGUGAGUGGUUCCUGCCUGUGUGCACCGGGGAAAACCGGACCCAGCUGUGACGCAGACUGUCGAGUGAACCGGUUCGGACCCGACUGCUCAUUAAGCUGCCAGUGUGAGAACAGAGCGCAGUGUGACAGUCGUAACGGGCGCUGCGUCUGUGUGAAAGGAUGGAUCGGCCCAACGUGUACAGAAGAUGGACCUCCACCGCUGAGCAGCCAGGACAUGGUGUAUUCAGCAUCAGCGCAGCAUCAUGGAGAACAUUCAUUCGGUCUCAAGUCGAACACCGAAAAAAUUAAGUACCGACCACGAGGAAACAAUGUUUAUGUUGAGAUCACGAGAAAUAAAGAAAUAUUUUAAUGUUUGGCCUCUUAGGGCUUCUGUAGUUACUCGUUCCCACACACACAGAGUUACCUGGAACUUAAAUCCACCAGAGUGAUUAGUUUUUGGGCACGUUUGGUGUCAAGAAUUGGUUCCUAUCCCUUUUUUUUGGAGUGAGGAUAUGAAGCUAACGAGGCUACCAAGUAAAACAGAAGAUACACACGUGUCAAAAGUAUGCAGACUGCACAUCUAAAUUGCGAGCGUCCCAUCACGCUGCAUCAGGACUAUGCAUCUAUUUAAAACAAUAAAUAAUGAAGAAGGAAAAA